AUGGAGGAAUACGCUAUCAACAAGGUCCAUCGCUUGCUGGAACCUGGUCCCGUUGUGCUAUUAACAACUAGAGGGAAAGAUGGCACAACUAAUAUUAUGACUGUCGGCUUCCACAUGGCCGUCCAGCACGAACCGCCUCUCCUUGCUGUCAUCGUAGGGCCUUGGGAUCAUAGUUUCAACGCCUUACGCGCUACUAAAGAAUGUGUCAUUGCCAUCCCCACAGUUCAGCUGGCCAAUACCGUUGUUGAUAUUGGCAACUGUUCGGGUGCAGUCGUAGACAAGUUUGAAAAAUUUGGGUUAUCGGCCGUCUCGGGCAGUGAGGUUGGAGCACCUCUAGUCAGUGAAUGUCAAGCCAACAUUGAGUGCCGAGUCGCAGACAUUCGGAUGGUCUCAAAAUUCAACAUGUUCAUCCUCGAAGCUGUUAAGGCAUGGCUUACUCCUGAACUUCAGGGGCAUCAAACAAUACAUCACCGGGGCGAUGGAACUUUUGUUGUUGAUGGUCAAGUUAUCAACCUGCAGGAACGGAUGACCAAGUGGAAAGAGUACCAAGAUUAG